GGCGUUGAUAAGACUGGCUUUAUUCCCGGUUCAGUACGUCGAGAGUUUCUUCGACGGUAUCGUCAUCCGUAAAAACUGUUGCCAUACUGUGUUAUCGUGGUUGGUUUGGAUAUCCCAGAAGUAGUAUUUGUUUGUCGAUAAUUUGCGCCUCGAUCAGAUAGUAGUUAGUAUAAAGCGGGUAAAAACAUGUCCUCGUUUUAACAUUGGUGAUUUAAAACCCGGGAAGAGCGCAGCAGAUCAUUAGAAACCUGUAACCCGAAGUACGUGAUACAGUUCCUAAUCCAUACAUCGCAACGGAUCCGAGGCCGCAUGCCAUCAACGUUGCAAUGCGUGCAAUUUACGACAUGUCGUCUGCUGCGAUGACCUUGCUUCUUUUCGGGAUCUUCCUUGGAUGCUUGGAAUCCGCAUUGGCCGGGACUGCUAAUCCUCACAGGGGUUACGUCUUUACCGCCCCGAAAAGACUCAUUGCUGGAGAAGCAGAGAUUGGAUGUCUCUCAAUCCAUCACCUGGAUACACCGGCUCACACUCUCUUGGAGCUAAUCACACCGGUUGAGGUGACCGAAGAAGAAGUUCUGGCCACCGCAAGCCUUACGAUUGACAAUGGCGUUGAAGCAUGUCUGGAAAUUUUAGUACCACAGACGAAAUACUCGGUGGCAAGACUGCGCUUGAAAGUCAGAUUUGACAAGCAUGCAGACUACUCGAUUAAUUCAGAGAAAAAUGUUUACAUCGAACAUGAUUCGCAUGCGACAUUCGUCGAGACAGAUAAGCCAGUUUACAAACCUGGACAAGACGUGAAUAUUAGACUCCUGAUGUUAAAGCAUGAUUUGAAACCAUGGAAAAAAACAAUCCCUAAAGUAUGGAUUGAAAGUCCUGCCGAAAUCCGGGUCGCUCAAUGGUUGAAUGUUUCCACGGAAGUCGGAUUGGCUCAGCUCGCAUUUCCUUUAUCUCCUGAAGCGAGCCCAGGUAUAUGGAAAAUCAAAGUCGAGAAAAAGAAAGCCCACCCACAGCUUCUUCACACGACGACUUUCGAGGUGAAGAAAUACGUUCUGCCAAGAUUCCAAGUAUCCAUCAGCCCUCCUGGCUAUAUUUUAGCCAACGCUGAAAAUGUCACUUGGACUGUCUGUGCUAAAUACAGCUACGGCAAGCCGGUCAAAGGGACAUUACACUUGAAAUCGAUACCACAGACACCGAUCUGGAGAAGAAAGCAAAAUGUACCAGAAAUAAAUUACCUGACAGAGUUGGACUCAGAGGAUGGGUGCGUUGAAUUUACAGUGACUGGUUCAGAGCUUGGUUUGGCCGACUGGAAGGUAUCUCCAAAUAAUAUAAUACUGACGGCUAACUUCACCGAGGCAGGAACCGGAGUUGUCGAAACUGCAAAUAGCCGAACAAGCGUUAUUCAUCAAUCACUGAAACUCGAAUUCUUGCCCCAUGCACCCCAAUAUUUCAAACUGGGAUUACCGUAUCACGGAAAGCUACGUGUUCUGAAGCAAGAUAACACACCGGCGCCAAAUGAAAAGAUCCAACUUUGCCUCAAGGUGAGAGGAAAAGAUGAAUGGGUCACGGUUGUAGUAGAAUGUCGCAAUUUCACAUCGACGACGGAUGGGUUUAUUGACUUUAUAGUGCCUCCACAGCAUAAAAAUAUUGAGUCCUUCAGUUUUGUUGCAGCUGGAGUGGAUUACCCCACAAAAUACUACUCCCCGGAUAAGAGAUGGCGAGUUUUUAUGGAUCAACCAUCGGCAUACAUGGAUACAAGUCCAUGGUACUCACCGUCCCAAAGUUACUUAUCAAUCGCACCUGGAUACCAACCGAUUGUUUGCGGUGAAAAGUACUCGUUCAACGUAAUGUACACAAUGCCGGUAAAUCAGAAGUUGAAUGAAUCAAUUUCGUUUCACUACUCGGUAAACUCGAAGGGAGAUCUCCUGGUAUUUGGUCAUGUUAAACAUACGCCUCACAAGGAUUCCAUACUAAAUUAUUCGGAAUUCCGCAAUCUGUUGGGUGCCAUUGAAACGCCAGCAAAUAAAACUGAUCAAUCGCACGUUGUAUAUAGAUUUCCAUUGACUGUGAAAGUAACACCAAGUAUGGCUCCGGUGUCAGAACUUCUUUUGUACUACGUUCGUACUGACGGAGAAACGGUCGCGGCAACUUACACAAUUACCGUUGGAAACUGUUUUGGAAAUAAAGUGCAGACUGCGUGGCACGAGGAAACUCAAAGUCCAGGUGGAAAGACUCAAUUUCACAUAGAAGCCGCGCCUUUUUCACUAUGCGGAGUGUCCGCGCUUGAUAAAUCGACCCUGUUUUUGAGCGGUGGAAAGACGAAUAUGGUCAAUAAAGAAGAUGCUUUCGGUCAGUUGAAAAGAUUCCACAUUAGUCCUACCGCUGAACCGAUUCAAAGUGGCUUAGAUCAUUGCCUGAAAGCAAAAGAAGAAUCGCAAGAAGAUGAAAUAGACCAUUUACCAAGACCAGCUGAAGAAGAACCACCCUUCUAUGAUUUGCGCAGAAGAAAACGAUCCAUGUGGUACGGACGACCUCACUAUAUCGAUGCUAUGCAGGCAUUUGAUGAUUUUGGAGUGAUAGUAAUGAGCGAUUUGACGUUGGAAACCCGUCCGUGCCCUCAGUUUUCCCAUUUAUUAUAUGCUCCCAGACGCAUUAAGUUCAGAUUACAGCAUGCUAGGUCUGGUUUAGAAGGUGGGCCAAUGUUCAUGAGAAAUAGUGCAAUGCCUUUGGCUUAUCCGCUGCUCACGGUUGGUGCCCUUCCCAAUCUCGAUUACUUGGAUCAAAUAGAUAAUGCUGAUGCUGGUACAACUAUCAGAUCGUACUUCCCUGAGACUUGGCUGUGGGAAUUAGUUCAAACAGGAAAGGAGGGUACAGCAACAAUUGAGCGUCAAUUGCCACACACGAUUACGGACUGGAUCGGUCAUACAACUUGCAUUUCGCCAAGGCAUGGAUUGGGUAUCGCUCCACCAACAGCGAUUACCGCUUUUCAGUCAUUUUUCUUAGACUACACUCUACCAUACAGUGUUAAACGAGGAGAAAUCCUUCACAUGAAAGUGUCUCUCUUCAACUACAUGCAGCACAGUCUACCUGUAAGAAUCAAACUGGAAGAUGCUAAUGGUCUUGACUUGCAUUUGUCACACGCUACAGUUUCAUUCUGUGUUGACUCAAGAUCCAGCGUUGUGCAUGAAUAUAUGUUACGACCUCGUGUUCUCGGAGAGAUCAACAUCACGGUUUCUGCUUCCGUAGAUGCCGAGUACCCAGAUGCCUGUGGACCAGACACCAUAGUGCACACAAAGGAUGUUAUAACAAAGCCAAUCCUCGUACUGCCAGAAGGGUUUCCAGUCGAAGUUACCAAAUCGGCAUUUAUCUGUCCAAAAGAAUUUGUUGAUGAUUCAUUUGUAACAUGGAAUUUGGAUUUGCCGGAAGAUUUGGUUGUGGGAAGUGCGAGAGCAUAUGUUUCACUAAUUGGGGACCUUUUGGGUCCGGCUCUAGAAAAUUUGGACAACUUGGUCCACCUGCCCAUGGGAUGUGGGGAGCAAAACAUGGUCUUGUUCGUCCCUAACAUACACGUUAUCAAUUACUUGAGUGCAACGCAGAUGGAGAAUUCAGUACUCAAGGCUAGGGCGAUCAAGAAUAUGGAAAAAGGAUACCAACGAGAAUUAAAUUACCGUCAUCCCGAUGGUUCCUAUUCGGCGUUUGGUGCUGAUACCCCGUCUACCGAAGGCUCAAUGUGGUUGACUGCAUUCGUUGUGAAAUCCUUUGCUCAGGCGCAAAAUUUGAUUCACAUCGAUGAACGAGAUUUGAAAUUCUCUGUCAAGUGGAUCACCAAACGCCAGUUGGAAAAUGGGUGCUUCCCGCUACUUGGACAAGUAUUCCACAAGGACAUGAAGGGAGGACUGCAAGAUGACGACGUCUCUUCGUCGGCUCUAACAGCGUACGUGUUGAUUUCUCUCCUGGAAUCUGGAGUCCCAUUGCAACCAGCUUUGACUAACAACGCCUUGUAUUGUUUGGAAAAAGACACCAUUAAUACCAGUGGAAACCCAUAUACUUUGGCCCUGACAACUUAUGCACUAACAUUACUGGAACAUCCAAGAGCCAACAAUAGUUUGCAGGCCUUAAUCGGCCUAGCGACGCAGCAUAAUGAUUUAUUGUGGUGGGAAAAUAAGCUGAAACCAUCGGUAGGCUUGAGCGUUGAAAUGACAGCAUACGCAAUUUUGUCACUUGUGAAAAUCGGCGGGGAAGCCAAUAUGGUGACCGCACUCAAAGCCGUUCGAUGGAUAUCUAAGCAAAGAAAUGCCGGAGGUGGUUUUAUAUCGACCCAAGACACUGUGCUUGGACUUGAAGCAUUGACCAAGUACGCAUCCGCCAUGAGCUCGAGCAAUACCGAUCUUUCAGUACUGAUCACUGCCAACGAAAUAGAUCAUGCCUUCAAAAUGCAAAAUGAGAAUAGACUCUUGUUUAGGCAAGUUCAACUACCUGUACUACCAACGGCUGUGGAUGUUUUUGCAGAAGGAGAAGGAUGUGUUUUAGUACAGAGUAAUUUGAAGUACAACGUACCACAGGCCACUGGCUCUGAAGCAUUUGAUCUCUCAGUAAAUGCACAGUCCGUAGCAUCGGUCAACGAAUGUGCGAUGCAAGAAAUAACGAUUUGUGCACGUUAUAAAAUGGCAGAUGAAGAAAGCAAUAUGGCAUUGCUGGAGAUUGGAAUGAUCAGUGGAUAUGUUCCAGACAAAUCGACGUUGCAUUCGCUAGUUGAAGAUCCCAGUAACUUUGUUAAGAGAUUUGAAGAAGAUCGAGACGUCGUUAGUAUAUAUCUGGAUAAACUGACAGCUCAGAGAACUUGUAUUUCGUUUAUUGUACUGAGAGAAAACAUAGUAGACCGGCCCGAACCAGCUAACAUAAAACUGUACGACUACUAUCAACAGGAGCUCACCAUAUCGACUAGCUAUAACUUUGCAAUGACUUGUAGUAGUGCUGGUACGAACGAAGGUUCGGAAAUUCCAAAUCCAAUUCCAAUCGUACCAAAAGUAGAAAAUGUGAAAGAGCCUAGCAAGCUGUUAGCUGCUGCUUCUGUCAGUAAUAUAACGGGUACUAUCGACGUAGAACUUCAACCAUAUAAAACUUCUCCUGCAGUUCCUAAAACUAUAGUUACAGCGUCACCACCAGUAUUUACUGAUGAGACAGAAAUAAAAACUGUACAUAAAGCUGCGAUUGAUGAUUUGCGUGGAAAACUGACCGAAAUGAAUGUGGCAAGGUACAAUGAUGCUAAACCUAAAAUUAACGAGGCCAUUCCGAGAAUAGGGAACGAACCAAAACUGGAAUACGUCUGUUUGCUGGAAAAUUCAGACGUAAAGUUGAAUGGCGAGGGUUUGAAGGAAACGAGUUCCAAUGCAGCUGAAAAUAAUCAUCUGCGAGAGUUUGAGACAAUAGGUAAAAAAAACACUGAUGAAGAUUUCCAUAGUAAACGUAUCGAUGUAAUGCAAGAUAUGGGAAGCGGAGAAAUUCCAAACGAACGAGAAGUCGGUUUGAAUCCAUCAUUUGUAGAGGUAGAUCACGAUUUGGAGGUGUCUGAGGGAAUAGAAGGACCGGAACUAGUAUUCGUAAAGCCUGACAAAGUAGUUACAUACGAAAAUGAUGGUGUAUCGAUAAACCAGAAUGGUAAUAUUCACAGUCCGGAGCAAAUUGAAACAGUCUAUGAAAAAGUGUCUCAUAAUAAUGACACCAAUGUAACAGAAGUGACGAGUGAGAAAAUUCAGGAUCAAAUGAUUGUUGAACCAGAACAAUUUAUGAUUGACCAAGAGUUGGCACAGUCUACAACUACAUCUGCGAACGUGACAUGUCCGAUCUGUUUGGAAAGCAUACCAAAGAAUGUUGAUAGCAUAUACUGUACCGCAAAAAGUGUCAUUAAAGUAGCCAUCAGAAGGUGGCACAAAGCAAGAUUAUUGUUGGAUCUUCACCCAGGCAGGCCAACAAGUCGACUGCGUUCAACGGUUGACCUAAAAAUUGACCCAGAAUGCUCCUGCGAAGUGAUAAAUACAUCUGGAGGAUUCGCGCUGUUGGUGGAUCAGAAGAAUGCUGACCUUGCCUCGUUAGUCGACCAUGCAGAGCAACAUUUGGGAAACAACGUUAUCAUUUACAAGCUUCCAAACACACAGGGUCUGCCGCCAGAAAUUAAGCAAGCUCGUGCACAGUGCUAGUUACUUUCUAGUGAAUUCAGUGAAUUUUAUUACUACCUAAAGCUAAGAAUAUGAUCGUUACGAGUAGUAAAGAAAUCAAAUACAUUAAAUGCUCGAAUAUCAAAUAGGGUAUGCAUAAACAUAAGUUUACUGUUGCAAGUUAUGUUGCGAUUUCUACAUUGCUUGUAAGAAAUAAGACGCUUUCGCGAUUGAUUGUCUUGGUAUUUGCAAUUCUUUAAUUCUAAUAUUGAUAUACUUUGAAGAACUGUUGAUACAAACGUACUAGUUUUAUAUUUUUACUCAUUAGAGAUGAAUACACGUAUGUAUGCAGUGUAGAGAGUGUCAAGCAUUCCCAUGAUGUAAUUAUGAAUUAUUCUAAUGCAGGUUUAAUUUUUACGGAAUCGCGAAUAUCCAUUGUAAGAAGUCAAUUGUUUAUGUUGUAUUGACAAGCAGAUAAACAAUUUGAAGAUGUUUUUGUUACACUUAUAAUUUUUUAUGUGCCAAAUAAUAAAAUGUAAAUAUAAUAAAGAAAAUCUUCCAGUA